AUGAACAACUCCUUUGCUGCCUCGCCAACUCACUAUGCCUGCCCUGCCCAGUCUUGGACGGGCCACGACCUCACCCUGAUGCACACAGAAACACACACACACACACACGACUCUGAACUGGUGGUGGUAGGGAUUAAUGGGGACAGUUGGUCAGAGAAGCUUGGUGUGUGUGUGUGUGUCCCCCUGUCAGUCCAAACCUCCCUGGACACCUCCCGCCCCCCUCCCCUGCUAAAGCCCCCUGUGACUCUCUCAUUGCAGGCAGACAAACGGGCACACCACAAUGCACUGGAGCGCAAACGUAGGGAUCACAUCAAAGACAGCUUUCACAGCCUGCGGGACUCGGUGCCUGCCCUGCAAGGGGAAAAGGUUGGUAGAGAGGUAAACCCAGAAGUGCUUAGGGAGAGGGGAUCCUUUGGGGAGGGAAGGGUUGUUUGUGUGUGUCCAGAGCAAUGUAUUUAGAGUUGGGACAAUUUUUUAGAAUUUGGAAUGUUCUAAUUCUAGACGUUCAGUUACAUAGCAUUGUUUAAAUAUUCCCCAUGUAAUGUUAAUGGGGAGCCAACAUGGCUGCCAUAGAAUGUUGAACUGUCAUGUAAAUGCAUCAUAAUGCUCAUUGUAGACAUUCUAUUCCCCAUGUAAUGCAUUGUCUUAACAUCAGGUGGCGUCACUCCUACGCGACGCUCGUCCCUCAACAGGGACCAGUGCAGGCGGAAUCGUCGCGCUAUCUGACGUAAGACUGCCAUGUAAUGUUAAUGGGGUGCUAUCAUGGCUGCCAUAUUUUCAUCAUCAUAAUGCAGGAACCUCAAUGUCCCGACUCUCUAAAUACAUGGCUCUCUGUGUGUCAUGACUCCCGAGUGGCGCAGUGGUCUAAGGCACUGCAUCGCAGUGCUAGCUGUGCCACUAGAGAUCCUGGUUCGAGUCCAGGCUCUGUCGCAGCCGGCCGCGACCGGGAGACCCAUGGGCGGCGCACAAUUGGUCCAGCGUCGUCCAAGGUAGGGGAGGGUUUGGCCGGCAGGGAUGUGGGUUCGUUUCCCACGGGGGGCCAGUAUGAAAAAAAACAUGUAUGCAUUCACUAACUGUAAGUCGCUCUGGAUAAGAGCGUCUGCUAAAUGACUAAAAUGUAAAAUGAUCAUUCUGGGUGAAUGAGUUGGGAGGGGGAUUGUUGAAUGCAAUAUGGGUAAACAAAGUGAAUGUAAUUGCAUUGCAAUGUGUUAUGAUAUAUUAUAUGCUGAUAUAUGUAGGUUUGUGUGUUGCUGUAAUGAAUAGUUCAAAGGUAAUGCCACAGAACAUGUAGCUACUUCCUUCAGUGUAUUCAAUACAUGGGUAGUUAUGACAUGGAGAGGUGAGGAGAUCAUGGGAGGGAGAGUGGAGGAGAGGAGAUGUGUUCUGAACAGAUACACUGGGACACAGGCAAGUUAUGACCAAAUGUGUUGCCGCUUCAAUCUCUGACAUUGAGGGCAUCGGAGCCACCCAACAGACCAGCCCGGGCUAUAGUCAGGCACAGCACACUGUUUUAUUUUCAAACCAACCCCCUCUCAUGGGGUUUAUGGAGUUGUCCGGUGUUCUUGUAGACUUGAUCAUUGCUAGGGUUGUAAUGAGAGUUAAAGGCUUUGUGUGGUACUGACUGACUGAGAGAAGCUGGAUCAAGGGUUUGUCCCAAAUGGCACCCUGUUAGGAGAUAAAUGUAAUAAGUAUUCAACCCCUUUGCUAUGAGCCUCGAAAUUGACCAUCCUUGAGAUGUUUCUACAACUUGAUUGGAGUCCACCUGUGGUAAAUUCAAUUGAUUGGACAUAAUUUGGAAAGGCACACACCUGUCUAUAUAAGGUCCCACAGUUGUUAGUGCAUGUCUGAGCAAAAACCAGGCCAUGAGGUUGAAGGAAUUGUCCGUAGAGCUCCGAGACAGGAUUGUGUCGAGGUACAGAUCUGGGGAAGGGUACCAAAAAAUGUCUGCAGCAUUGAAGGUCCCCAAGACCACAGUGGCCUCCAUCAUUCUUAAAUGGAAGAUGUUUGGAACCACCAACACUCUUCCUAGAGCUGGCCGCCCAGCCAAACUGAGCAAUCGGGAGAGAAGGGCCUUGGUCAGGGAGGUGACCAAGAACCUGAUGGUCACUGACAGAGCUCUAGAGUUCCUCUGUGGAGAUGGGAGAACCUUCCAGAAGGACAACCAUCUCUGCAGCACUCCACCAAUUAGGCCUGUAUGGCACUGGCCAGACAGAAGCCACUCCUCAGUAAAAAGGCAGCACAGCCCGCUUGGAGUUUGCCAAAAAGCAAUGAGAAACAAGAUUCUCUGGUCUGAAUGCCAAGCGUCACGUCUGGAGGAAACCUUGCACCAUCCCUACGGUGAAGCGUGGUGGCAGCAGGGACUGGGAGACUAGUCAAGAUCGAGGCAAAGAUGAACGGAGCAAAGUACAGAGAGAUACUUGAAGAAAACCUGCUUCAGUGCGCUCAGGACCUCAGACUGGUGCGAAGGUUCACCUUCCAACAGGACAACGACCCUAAGCACACAGCCAAGACAACGCAGGAGUGGCUUCGGGACAAGUCUCUGAAUGUCCUUGAGUGGCCCAGCCAGAGCCCGGACUUGAAGCCAAUCGAACAUCUCUGGAGAGACCUGAAAAUAGCUGUGCAGCAACGCUCCCCAUCCAACCUGGCAGAGCUUGAGAGGAUCUGCGGAGAAGAAUGGGAGAAACUCCCCAAAUACAGGUGUGCCAAGCUGGAUCAAGGGUUUGUCCCAAAUGGCACCCUGUUCCCUGUAUAGUGCACUACUUAGGGCACUCAGAAGUAGUUCAUUAUGAGAAUAGGGUGCCAUUUGGACACAGCCUUUGUGUUGCUGUGCGAUGAGAAGCUGGAUCAAGUCUAUAUUCCACGCCUGAUACUGUCUCUCUCUGUCCCUGCUCUAUAAGCCAGGCUCGUCAUACAGACGUGCUCAUGGAUUCGUAUGUGACAGGCUUACAUUUUUAGAAACUAAAAUUUGGGAAAUAUAUAUGUUGAUCUGCGUAGGAAUUGAGGCACAGGCACUUCUGGUCUGUCUCUGUCCCUCCUGUCGAAGCCUGGUUCGUCAUAGAAACAUACUAAUGAAUACUUAUGAGACAGAGAAACUGUCAAAUUAUGGAAAUGCAGACAAUUUUUUGUUCAGGUUCACAUUCAUGAUAGUUUUGUUCCAGCCAGGCUUAUUAUUUGCAAAGUUAUGGAUAAUUCUGGAUUUAGUCUGAUUUUAAAGUGUUCUCUCCUUUUCUGAAGUGUUAAAGGAAGGUUUUAGUGGUUUAAAUGUCUCAUUCUCACCAUCGUAGCAGCUUCAUUCACGGUGUAGGCUCUGGUUGUUGGACUGCAUUAUAGUGGCCUGAGGGAAUUUGGUAGUGUGGCCUGGUUUAAACAGACAACACUGCACCACCAUUGUGAGAGAGCAGCCAUAGAAUUACAUAUAGGGUCUCUGAACGUAGUAUUCAGUCUGGUUUAACCAGGCUAGGGUUAACAGCAGUAGUAUUACAGUAACUGUGUUAGAGGGGUUAGUCAGUGUAUUACAGUAACUGUGUUAGAGGGGUUAGUCAGUGUAUUACAGUAACUGUGCUAGAGGGGUUAGUCAGUGUAUUACAGUAACUGUGUUAGAGGGGUUAGUCAGUGUAUUACAGUAACUGUGUUAGAGGGGUUAGUCAGUGUAUUACAGUAACUGUGUUAGAGGGGUUAGUCAGUGUAUUACAGUAACUGUGUUAGAGGGGUUAGUCAGUGUAUUACAGUAACUGUGUUAGAGGGGUUAGUCAGUGUAUUACAGUAACUGUGUUAGAGGGGUUAGUCAGUGUAUUACAGUAACUGUGUUAGAGGGGUUAGUCAGUGUAUUACAGUAACUGUGUUAGAGGGGUUAGUCAGUGUAUUACAGUAACUGUGUUAGAGGGGUUAGUCAGUGUAUUACAGUAACUGUGUUAGAGGGGUUAGUCAGUGUAUUACAGUAGCUGUGUUAGAGGGGUUAGUCAGUGUAUUACAGUAGCUGUGUUAGAGGGGUUAGUCAGUGUAUUACAGUAACUGGGUUAGAGAGGUUAGUCAGUGUAUUACAGUAACUGGGUUAGAGGGGUUAGUCAGUGUAUUACAGUAACUGUGCUAGAGGGGUUAGUCAGUGUAUUACAGUAACUGUGUUAGAGGGGUUAGUCAGUGUAUUACAGUAACUGGGUUAGAGGGGUUAGUCAGUGAUGUGAUGUCACUGCAACCUUGCCGUGCGUCAUGAGUUUUUCCUUUGUUGCCACCAGCAAUCUAUCAAACAGGCGUCCCGAGCUCAGAUCCUAGACAAAGCCACAGACUACAUCCAGUAUAUGAGGAGGAAAAACCACACGCACCAGCAGGACAUCGACGACUUGAAAAGGCAGAACGCUCUGCUGGAGCAGCAAGGUGAGUAUGAUGGAGAACAUACCGUACCUACGGACCAUCUACUGUAGUGUGAUUUAGAACAUACCGUACCUACGGACCAUCUACUGUAGUGUGAUUUAGAACAUACCGUACCUACGGACCAUCUACUGUAGUGUGAUUUAGAACAUACCGUACCUACGGACCAUCUACUGUAGUGUGAUUUAGAACAUACCGUACCUACGGACCAUCUACUGUAGUGUGAUUUAGAACAUACCGUACCUACGGACCAUCUACUGUAGUGUGAUUUAGAACAUACCGUACCUACGGACCAUCUACUGUAGUGUGAUUUAGAACAUACCGUACCUAUGGACCAUCUACUGUAGUGUGAUUUAGAACAUACCGUACCUACGGACCAUCUACUGUAGUGUGAUGUAGAACAUACCGUACCUACGGACCAUCUCUACCUGUAGCUUGUGUGUUUGUCUGCUUAUGGGCCAAAUUUUUACCUUCAUUUCUCAAUUUCCCUCUUUCCUUCUCACCCCCUUUCUCUAUUCUUCCUUCCCUCGCUCUCCCCCUUCCUUCCCUCGCUCUCUCCCCCUUCCUUCCCUCGCUCUCUCCCCCUUCCUUCCCUCGCUCUCUCCCCCUUCCUUCCCUCGCUCUCUCCCCUUCCUUCCCUCGCUCUCUCCCCCUUCCUUCCCUCGCUCUCUCCCCCUUCCUUCCCUCGCUCCCUCUCCCCCUUCCUUCCCUCGCUCCCUCUCCUCCAUCCUUCCCUCGCUCCCUCUCCUCCAUCCUUCCCUCGCUCCCUCUCCUCCAUCCUUCCCUCGCUCCCUCUCCUCCAUCCUCUUUCCUUUCUCUUCCUUUUGUCUAUUUCCCUUCUUUCUCCGUCCAUCUCCUUCUCCCUCUUUCGCCGUCCUUCUCCCCUGUAGUGCGUGCGCUGGAGAAGGUGAAGGGUUCGACCCAGCUCCAGGCCAGCUACAGUUCUUCAGACAGCAGCCUGUACACCAACCCUAAAGGCAGCGCUGUGUCUGCUUUCGACGGAGGCUCUGACUCCAGCUCAGAGUCCGAGCCAGAGGAACCCCCCGCCCCCAGGAAGAAGCUCCGCGUGGAGGCCAGCUAG